AUUGGGAAGUGUGCAUUACAAUAGCUAGCGAUCACUAAGGGACACCGUAAACAGAGCCAGGAACGGAAGUGGGUGUAGGGACAUACUGACGGAUAACCGGUGUGGUGUAACAUCAUAUGGGAGAUUGGUCCGUCUCUUAGAACCGAACGAUGGCAGCUAACCCGACGCCUUCGGGACGAGCGCUAGCUGGGUGUAAUUUUGUGGCCCAGGAUCAAAUUUGGAAAGACCAUGUGCACCAUGAAGAAGUGGCUUCAAAGUCCUGGCCAAACCAGUGGGGUUUCCUCACAACAAAAUAUGAAGAUCUUGUGAAAGACGACUUUCAAAAGAAGGACGAAUCCCAAAAAGCCGAUUUAAAAAGUUUAAUGCAGGUGAAACCCGUCACGCCCAUCGAGGAGUACAUCCACGUCGAACCGUCCAACAAGCCGGUACCAAAGACCACGGCCCAGGCUAUCGGCUGGAGGUCGGCCGAAAAGACGCACCAGCUGGAAAAGUACGGCAAAUAUGCCAAACCCAAAGGGGGACUUGUUAAACAACUGAACUGGCCCAUGGAAGGAAUUAUCUAACGAACUCGCUCAACUCUCUCCCCCGCUUAAAUUACUUCAAGUCAUAGUGAACUUUAAUUUUGAUUAUGAAACAGUAUUAUUCAUGCCUGCAUUGACUUCUUGUUUUUUUUUUUAAGUGUGCGUUUUUACAUUGAUAUGAUUGAAGAUAUUGUUUGCUCAGGAGUAGGGUGAUGAUGUUUGGCAAUAGGAUAUAAAUAAUACUUAAAUUCACAUUGCUUAUAUUAAAAACAGAAACAUUGCAACUUUCCUCUUAUCUGCAAUAGCCAACCAGGGAAAAGUCGCAUGUACCCGGUAAUAAAUGUACAACUUUAUGAUAAAGACAGAUUUAAUUGGAAUUAUACAGGCCCUAUUGAUCAUUGUGUUUUCAAAUAUCAUGUGCACAAGAAUCUUCUAUACUUGUAACAUGAUAAAAGUGAUAAUUAUAAAUUUAGAUGCAGUAUUAUGAAGUAUUGUGUUGUUGACACUGUGUGCAGCUUUCCGAGGAGAUUUAGUUUGUAGUGAAAAGAACGAGUUAAUUAACUUUUUUCAUGUGUGUACAUACUCGGCAUUUUACGCAUUUUCGUCUUACUUGAAUGUUACUUGAAAUAGUUGCACAGUCUUUCAGAUAGACAGAUGAUUACAGAUAAAUAAAUGCAUUGAUAUGAUA